AUGACGCACCUCCAGUCGGUCGUCGCUACGUGCCAACUCUCCCUCCUGCGCUUUCCCCAUAACCCUCUUAUACAGCACCGUCUACAGCAGUCUUCCAGACAGCUGGAACAGUAUCUGUCCUCUUGUGCCGCUGAUAUCGCCUUCAAAGCCAAGCUCAAAGUGGAGGGGGCCCGUGAGAUGGGUGUCCCGUCUCUCCUCAGUAGUCUCAAUUCCCAUAUCAAGGCCUCGCAAGUCUCCGCGAUCACACUCCCCUCUGGCCGCCUCACCUCCAACCUCAGCGAAAUCAACGCCCAUUGCACCUCCUUCUUCUCCAGCCUUUACGGUGCCCCUCCCCAACCCGCUCGUCCGUCGGAUUUCUGGCGUCACCUCCCCCCCUCGUCCCCACCGUCAGCUUUGCUGCUUCCCUUAAUGGCGCCCUUCUCGCUUGCCGAAAUUGAUCGUGCAAUGGCCUCUCUCGCCCCUGGCAAGAUGCCCGGCAGCGAUGGCCUGCCCGGAGAUUUCUUCCGCACUUACCGUGCUCUCCUCGGUCCGGUCUUCCAUCAACUCUUCGCGUCAAUCUGGCGCUCCCAGUCGUUGCCCCCCUCUAUGAGAGGCGGCCGCACUGUCCUCAUCCCCAAACGACAGUCUUCCUCAAUGGUCGAGGAUCUUCGCCCUAUUACGCUCAUGAAUGCUGACUACAAAACCCUCGCCAUCUGCCUCGCCAACCGUCUUCAACCUGUUCUGCGCCACAUCAUCCACCCCGCCCAGACAGCCUUUGUGCGCGGUCGUAGCAUUGGCGAUACAAUUAAUGACACUCUCGAUUUAAUGGAAUGGGCAGUUGCCCGCUCCGUACCCCUCCUCGUACUCACAGUAGACAUCCGCAAAGCCUACGACCUGGUAGAUCGCGAGUUCAUGUACCAGUGUUUGUCCUAUCUAGGCCUGCCUUCCGACUUCAUCACUUGGAACCCCUCCCCUUUAAUCGUUUUCUCCUUAAGCCGGAUGGGCAACCCUUUGGUGGUCUCAAAGAAGAACUGCCUCUCCUCACCCUCCAACUCCGCCUCGGACAUCUCCUCACCCCCACAGAGUCUGGUUCGCGUUACACUCCCAGGCGGUCUGGUGGUAGCAGAUAGGUACGACAUCAGCUGUAGACGUGUAGGUAGGGAGGCCGUCAGCUGCUGCGUCGUCCCCGAACGUGCCCUUCUCACCAUCCUCGUCCGUGACAGAUGGAUCCAUGGACCCUUUUGCUCCGGUGCUGGGUUAGCCGAUCGCAUAGACCUGCUCCGCCCAGGACCACCAUCCUUAGCAGUCCUUCGCAAACAGUUCUACCGCCCUCAGCCGCUCUCCCUACAGGAAGCCUGGUCGACUGCGUUACAGCUCCCUGUCCCUGCACUGCCCUCGCUCACACACCCCUUCCUCCGCGAGCAGCCCAGUCGAUCCCGCGACCUCCUCCUCCGCCUUUUUGCGCGUGCCCUUCCCACAGGUGCCCGUUUCCGUUUCAUGGAAGAUGGUGGCAGCUGUCGACGCUGUCCACCAAGACCCCUUGAGACCCUCCUACACGUCUUCAAUGAGUGUGGCCCAGUGGCGACAGUCUCAGCGGCUCUCUGUCGGGUGGCACGUUCGCACCUGGGAGUGGCUGUCCCGGCUCCGCUUGUGUUCUUCCCUCUCUCCCACCCUGCUGGACAGAUUGCACCUUGGUGCUUGUUGGUGGGCGCUGCUGCCAAGACCCUCUGGGAUGAGCGCUGUGCAACUGCCUCGCUCUGGUUCUCCAUGGGCGCGGAUCCCGACACUGAGCGCGGGCCGCCGCCGGUCCCUGCUCCUUCCCCCCCGCCGGCGGAACAUUCGGCGCAUGAUGCGGCAGGAGAUGCGCCAGCGGCGGAUGAAAGCUCUCCGCUCUUGAAAGAGGGAGUGCAGGAGAAGGGGGAGGGAGGGCCGGCGGCGAAGGGCGACGGCGAGGAGGCGAACCUGGUGGCGGUAACAACGGGAGCGGAAAGCGGGGAGAAAGCGACGGCGGCAACGGCGGCGGAGGAGGCUGAGACGGAGAAAACGGAGAAAGCGGGGGAGAAGGCGGAGGAGAAGGAGAAGGCGGAGAAGGAGAAGGGGGAGAAGGGGGAUCCGAAGGAGGGCGCGGAGGAGGCGGGGAGCGUGCCGUACUGGCAGCUGUUCCGAUACGCGGACAAGUGGGACGUGGCGCUGAUGGUGGUGGGAUCGGUGGGCGCCAUAGCCCAGGGCAUCGCGCUGCCCAUGAUGGCGCUGCUGUUCGGCGACAUGAUGAACGCGUUUGGAUCGAAUACCACCAGCAUGGACGCCAUGCUCGACCAGGUCGCAAAGGCAUCACUGAACUUCAUCUUCCUGGCGAUAGCGGCUGGCGUCACGGCGUAUAUACAGACCGCAUGUUGGAUGAGCGCGGGCGAGCGGCAGGCAGCGCGGCUGCGGUCGCUCUACCUGCAAUCGGUGCUGCGGCAGGACGUGGGAUUCUUUGACACGAGCCUCAGCACGGGGGAGGUGGUGGGGCACAUGUCAGGAGACAUUGUACUCGUGCAAGAGGCCAUGGGGGAGAAGGUAGCCACGUGCAUGCAGUUCCUGGCGCAGUUUCUGGGCGGAUUCGUGGUGGCGUUCAUAUCGGGCUGGCAGCUAGCUCUGGUCAUGCUGGCCACGCUGCCGCUGCUGGCGGUGGCGGGGGGGGUGAUCACGGUGGUGGUGCAGCAGUCCACGAGCAAGGGCCAGCAGGCAUACACCGCUGCUGGCACCAUCGUUGAGGAGUGUGUUGGGGCCAUCCGCACCGUGGCGGCCUUCACAGCGGAGCGCAAGUCAGUCCAAGCGUACGCCGCCCACCUGCACGCUGCCUUCCAAGAGGGUGUGAAGCAGGGCCUGGCGAGUGGGUUCGGCUACGGGCUGACAAUCUUUGUCAUGUUCUGCUCGUACGCGCUGGCGCUGUGGUACGGGUCGAAGCUCAUUGCCGACAGCAGCUACACGGGCGGCAAGGUCUUCUCAGUGCUCUUCGGAGUUAUCAUUGGCGGCAUGUCCCUCGGCCAGGCCUCCCCCUCCUUCGCCGCAUUUGCCUCAGGCCGAGCAGCCGCAUACAAGAUCUUCCAGGUGAUACAGCGCAUCCCCCCUAUAGACAGCUCCAACCCUGCCGGCGAAACCCCCCCGGACUCUGAAGUAAAAGGCGAACUCGAGCUUCAAGACAUCGUCUUCGCAUACCCGUCCCGGCCCGACGUGACCAUUUUCAACGGGUUUUCUCUGAAGAUCCGGGCAGGAGAGACGGUGGCGCUGGUGGGGGAGAGUGGCAGCGGCAAGUCGACGGUGGUGGCGCUGGUGGAGCGCUUCUACGACCCGCAGGGCGGAGCCGUGCUGCUGGACGGCCGCAGCAUCGCCGCACUCAACCUGCGCUGGCUGCGCCAACACAUGGGCCUCGUCAGCCAGGAGCCCGCGCUCUUCAACGUGUCGCUAAGGGAUAACAUCGCGUAUGGGAAGGGCGGCGGGGAGGCGUGGGGGGGUGGCGGAGAGAGAGAGGAGAAGGGGGUGAGUGAUGAGGAGGUGCAGGAGGCAGCGCGGGCGGCAAACAUUCACGAGUUCAUCGAAUCGCUGCCAGAUGGAUACAACACUCUCGUGGGCGAGCGUGGAACGCAGCUCUCAGGCGGGCAGAAGCAGCGGGUGGCGAUAGCGCGGGCGAUCCUGAAGGACCCGCGGGUGCUGCUGCUGGACGAGGCGACGUCAGCUUUGGACGCGGAGAGCGAGAAGGUGGUGCAGGCGGCCUUGGAGCGAGUCAUGGUCGGCCGCACCACCGUUGUCGUUGCCCACCGCCUCUCCACCGUGCGCGGCGCGGACCGGAUCGCUGUGCUGAGCCGAGGAAAGGUGGUGCAGGAGGGGAAGCACGAGGAGCUGAUGAAGGAAGGUGGUGCGUAUCUGCAGCUGGUGAAGCUGCAGGAGAUGGCUGGGAGUGGGAGGGAGGGGGGUGGGGAGGGUGGCAGUGACGGGGAGGGUGGGAAGGUGGAGGGAGAGGGGAAGGGAGCGGGGGUGAGUGGUGGGGAGGAGGGGAAGGCGGGGAAGGAAGGGAGUUCGGAGGAGACCAGUAGCAGCAGCAGUGCUGAUGGUGAUGAGGAUGAUGAUGACGAUGAUGAGGAGGAGGAGACAGAGGGAGAGGGAGAGGGGGGAGAGGAGGAGGCUGCGGAGGCUGGCAAGGGGGACGGCACAGGGACAGACCCAGAGCAGGGCGAGAAGGAAGGCGCAGGAGAGAAGGCCAAGAGGGAGAAAGCGGAGAAGAAGGAGAAGAAGAAGCAGAAGAAGAAGGAGAAGAAGGACAAGAAGAGGAAGAAGCGGUCUCCGUUCCUGCGGCUGGCGAUGCUGAACAAGCCCGAGUGGCCAUAUGCGCUGUCAGGCACGGUGGCAGCAGCGGUGCAGGGCGUCAUCCUGCCAUUCUUCGCCCUCAUCCUCUCCCGCAUCAUCACCGUCUUCUACAACCCAGACAAGGCCAAGAUGCGCAGCGACGCGGACUUCUGGUCGCUCAUGUUUGUCAUUCUCGCCGUGGUGGCGUGGGUCUCCCGCACCCUGCAGACGUUUCUCUUCAGCGUGGCGGGGCAGCGCCUCAUCUGGCGCAUCCGCCGCAUGUGCUUCCAUUCCGUGCUGCGCCAGGAGAUGGCCUGGUUCGACCGCGAUGAAAACUCCAGUGGCGCCAUCGGCUCACGUCUCUCCUCAGACGCCACCCAUGUGCACUCCAUAGUGGGCGACCGUCUCUCUCUCGCCGUGCAGAACGCAGCAACGCUUGUGGCAGGGCUCAUCCUGGCGUUCUCGUCCUCGUGGAUCCUCUCCUUCAUCGUGCUCGCCCAGCUGCCGCUCAUCGCUGCCGGAUCCAUCUUCCAGAUGCGCAGCCUGCAGGGCUUUGCUGAUGAUGCCAAGCAAGCGUACGAGACGGCGACGCGCAUAGCAUCGGAUGCAGUGGGGGCCAUGCGCACAGUGGCGUCGUUUGCAGCAGAGGGCCGAGUCAUGGCUCUGUACCAUGCCAGUGUUGUCGCGCCCGUCAAGGCAGGCCUGCACAAGGCACAGGUCAGCGGGGCGGGCUUUGGCUUUGGGCAGUUCUGUCUGUUUGCCGUCUACGGCUUCUCCUUCUGGUGCGGGGGGCAGCUCGUCAAGAUCGGCCAGGCUGACUUCCAGUCCGUCUUUCAGUCAUUCUUCGCAGUGGUAUUCACAGCAAUGGGAGUGGCACAGACGGCCAGUCUAGCGCCCGACAUGGCAACGGCACAGGCAGCAGUGAAGUCCAUCUUCAAGCUGCUGGACCGCCGCUCUCGCAUCGACCCCGAGGGGAAGGGGGAGCGCCCGGAGGAGGGCGUGGGGGGCGAGGUGCAGUUUCAGGGAGUGGUGUUUGCAUACCCGUCCCGCCCACACCUCACUGUUCUGCAGGACUUUACACUCACGAUUCCGGCUGGCAAGACGGUGGCACUGGUGGGGGAGAGUGGGAGCGGCAAGUCGACGGUGGUGGCGCUGGUGGAGCGAUUCUACGACCCGCAGAGCGGAGCCGUGCUGCUGGACGGCCGCAGCAUCGCCGCACUCAACCUGCGCUGGCUGCGCCAACACAUGGGGCUCGUCAGCCAGGAGCCCGCGCUCUUCAACAUCUCCAUCCGGGACAACAUCGCCUACGGGCGCGCUGCCACCUAUGUUCCGAGCGGCGGGGCCGCUGCUGGUGAUGGUGCUGAUGCCGAUGGUGCUGGUAAGAAGGGCUGUUGGAGCCUUGGUGACACUAAGGGGACCCGGGAUUCGAGGCGCAGCCGUGAUUUCAGGAUGAGUAUGGAGAGUGCGGGGAGUGGUGCGGAUAGAAGGGAGGAGGAAGAGGAGCUAGAGGCGGUGACUGAGACUGAGAUUGUUGAAGCUGCCAAGUCUGCCAAUGCGCAUGCGUUCAUUUCCUCUCUCCCAGAGGCAUAUGAUACCCUGGUAGGGGAGAGGGGCACCCAGCUGAGCGGGGGGCAGAAGCAGCGGGUGGCGAUAGCGCGGGCGAUCCUGAAGGACCCGCGGGUGCUGCUGCUGGACGAGGCGACGUCAGCUUUGGACGCAGAGAGCGAGAAGGUGGUGCAGGCGGCCUUGGAGCGCGUCAUGGUCGGCCGCACCACCGUUGUCGUUGCCCACCGCCUCUCCACCGUGCGAAGUGCAGACUGCAUUGUUGUGAUGCAGAAGGGGCGUGUGGUGGAGCAGGGUACCCAUGACGAGCUUCUCGCAAAGAAGGGCGCGUAUCACUUGUUGGUGUCAGCGCAACGGUAG